CAAAACUCUCGACUUCCCCUCCAGUGCCCGUUCGUUGUCGCAUCUUACCUUUACGAUCAUCUCUUUAUCCAUUUUUCUUAAGUCAAUAUGUCGGACUCUCCAGCCGAGAGACCCCCGUCCGAUGCCGAAGGACUAGACAGACCUUCAGAGAACGAAGACCAACUCGACGAUCUAAACGAUGAGUUUGAAGAUCCUUCCAGAGCAGAACCUGCCGAUGCAGACUCCGAUGACGAAUCCCUCCUGUCUGAAGUCGACGAGGCUCAAUUCGCAGACUUCGAUCCAACCGCAGUUCAAGUCGCCCCCGAUUUUGACACACUCAACAGAACACUAAAGGUGAAGAAGCGGAAGAGAGCCGAGGGAGAGGAAGACGCACCCAAAAAGAAGAAGGAGCGAACAAGAGAGAAGGCUAGGACCAACCACAAAAAGCCGGACAGUGACGAUGGCUUUUCUGGCGGCGAACAGAUUGAAGGCAAGAGACGCGGAGGCAGAAAGGCUGGUGGUGGUGGUGAUGGCGAAAGAAGACCUAGACCCAGGGUGGAAAUCGAUGAAGAAUCAUUGUCCCCGGAGGAACGAAGAAGGCGUGCGUUGGAUCGGGCCAUGGACGCAGCCGUAAAGAAGUCAUCUGGAAAAAGACUUCGAAAAGGUGACAUUGAUCUUGAGCAAGCUGCCGAUCAAGAAAUCGAAGAGAUGCGCAACCGAAUGAUCAUGGCAGCCGAGGCUGACGGAGACCUGGUUCGACAAGGCCUUCCGGCGUCUCAAAAACUGAAGAUGCUUCCAGAAGUUGUCAGCUUGCUAAAUCGCAACACCCUGGUGCAGUCGAUCCUAGAUCCGGAGAUGAACCUUUUGGAAGCCGUGCGAUUCUUUCUGGAGCCACUCAGCGAUGGUAGUCUUCCGGCAUACAACAUCCAGCGCGAGUUGUUCGCAGCUCUGUCCAAGCUUCCAAUGAACAAGGAAACCCUGAUUUCUUCGGGUAUCGGUAAGGUCAUGUUGUUCUAUCGCAAGUCCAAGAGAGCGGAACCCACGAUCAAACGACAGGCUACCAAGUUGAUGGAGGAAUGGUCCAGGCCUAUUCUCCAGAGAAGUGAUGAUUACACCAAGAAGACGUGGACCAGGGCCAGCUAUGAUCCAUACAAGAGGAGAGAUGAUCUUGUUCAACCUGCAGUCGUGCCCAAGGCAACUGGUAGAGUUGCUCCUGGCCAGAAACAGAGCAACAGGGCGAGAUUGUUACCGGGUGCUACCAGCUACACCAUUGUGCCCGAAGUGUCAACGAUUGUGAGAAGGUGAAGGAGAAGCAUAUGAACAAUCAUGGGGACGAUUAUAAUGAGAGGAGAGUUUGGCUAAUGGGUGAAUUCAUGGCUAGCUCUUGAAUUGAUAGAGCCUUGCGCUCUGAGGUUUCAUGGCUCCUCAAUAGGCGUCGAGUUGUGAUAUCUUCAUCAAAAAACCACAACAAUUGCCAUUUUUUUAAGAGUGCUAGGGCCAUUCAUCCGCAUGCCAUAAUACUACUGCCUCUGCAUGCUCUUGCGCUUUUUCUGUUUGGACAUUGAAUGGACAUGCAAUGAAAUAACAAAUGAGCAAAACAGACAAGUCACCUCUCUGUCCUCCUUUCCAUGUCCAUCUUCCAAUUCUUCCUUUCCAGACAACGAUACACUUGAUCUCCCUCUUUCUUGGAUAUUUCACAUCGCUGGUACCAGGGAAUUCUGGACCAUUCACAAAGCACUGCCGGCUGCUCAGCAAUCAUUCUCCUUGUCCUUUCCUCUUGACCAAAGCAGCAAUCAUCACCGUCUAGGCGGCCGGAGUGAGCAACUGUGCGCUCGUCCACAGGCUUGGGAAACGCGGCCGCGGCAGAGAGACAAAAGAGGUUGAUUGAUGAUGGAGGAGAACAGCACAAACCAAUCGACAAGCAAUCGUCCUACCUCUCAAGAUGAUGAUCCAAAUGCAGUUCCAAUAAUCCCUCCAACAACUCCAACAAUUCCGGCUCCAAAAUCAGCUCUGCUGCUCCCAACGAACCUUGAAGCAGAUGAUUCAGAGCAAGGCUCCGGCCCCUUUCAAUUCGCACCCGAACUCUUCAUCCAAACUCCUCCUGCGCCUCCUCCUCUCCAUCAAGAAUCCGUUGUCGCUACUACAUCAUCAUCAACAUCUCAAACAGGGCUCACACGGACGACGACGACGACGACGACAACUACGACAGCAGACUCGCCGCAGCAGGGCCAUCAAGGCAGCAGCAGCAAUUCGCACCAGGCAGACUCGGACGUCGCUGUGCAAACUUCAUCUUCCUGGAGAGGCAUGGUCCUUGGGCAGGGGCCACGGGAGAGGAUCAGAGUCGGAGACGAGGUUUUCAUUCUGGACAUGCUUGGAAACAGCAUCGUGUCUACCGACACCAUUCGUCCAGCCC